CAUAAAUUGUUAUUGUUCUUUACUAAUUAAAGAGAGUAUGUAAUUGUCGUGUAUACAACAAGAUUCUCAUUCAAUUUAACAAUGAAUAUAACCAAUUUAAAUACGUAACGGUUUAAAUUUUGUGUACAUUCUUCUAGCAUAUGUCGAGCGAAAAUGGCUAAAGCAGAAUUAGCAACAAAAGAGUUUGAAGGAUUCUUAAACAAGCUAGGACGAAAGUAUGAAUUAAUACACACGUUAUGGAUGGACAAUAAGAACUUCGAGGCGAAAUUUCGAACUGAAAUAUCGAAAAACAGUGAAGAUUUCAACACUCUCUGUGAUGAAUGGGUCGAUUUGUUUUCAGAAGCCACUGAUACUGUUUGGGCCAAAAAAAUCUCGAAUACUGGCCCUAAAAUAAGGUUCAGAAAGCAGUAUCAGUGUUGGACACAACAAGGAAAAAUUGUCCAGAAGGAGCUCUUGUUUGAUGCUAGACGGUGCAGAGGAACAUUGGAUAUGAAAGUUCUUACUGACAAUCCAUUAACAAGGAGAAAAAAUAAGCAUAUUAGAAUUGGGUUAAAUGUAGUUGUAAAGAUAAACUUCAAUCAUUUACAUGAAGUAAUUAUUGGUGAGCCACUGGCAUUCUUUGUACAUCACUGCAAACCUUUGGCAGAAGCUCCCAAACCACCAAUACAGUCAAAUGAGAGACUUCCACAGUUGGUGGCUGAAAUGGUUCAAAAAGGUUUAAAUUCCACACAAAAGUUAAUGGAAGCAAAUGGACAAAAAAUGAAUAUGGUUGGCACAACAUCCACAGAAAAAUCAAACAGUAGUAACAAACCUGAAUUAGAAAAAUUACAAAAUAUUAAAAUUGAAUUACUUCCAAAAUCAUGUGUGUCUAUUAGCAAAGAGUCAAAUCUAAUAUGUACUACAGAAUCAAAAACUGGCAAUAUUUACACCUUUACAUCAUUUACUAAACCAUCAAGUCAGUCUACCAUGUUGAGCAACAAUCAACCAUUUGUAACAAAAUCAUUAGCUAUUCCCACAAUCCAUCAACAAGAUGUGAUUAUUCAAAAUAUAAAUUCGAAGGAACCUGUCACUAACAUAACUAUAGAUUAUGUUAAACUUGAAAGCAGUUUAAAUAAGACUCAUGGUUCAGACUCCACUAUGAAAUCACAACAUUUAACAAAAAAUCAAACAGAUGAACCAUCAAAUGAUCCUACAUAUGCAUCUUUUGGACAAUUUUCAGAAUUUGUGCAAUUCAAUAACCCACUAAAAGAAAUUGUAAGUACAUCUGAAUUAAAUAAAUCCAAUAAACCAACAACAGAGCCAAUAUAUACUUCUUUUACAUCUUUCAAUGACACAUCGAGUGAUCCAUCUAUGUUAAAGAUGGAAAAUUCUCAGUUUGUUAGUGACACUGUACCAGUUUCUGGUUUGGGUACCCAGACAAUCAUGGUUCAGAAUUUGCUGCCCAUACAAAACUUGGAGGGUGUGAAAUUUCAAUUGCAACCACAGUUUCCACCAUUUACUCAACUGGUUGUCACCACACCCCAGUUGAAUGUGCCAGAUCAGCUAUUGAUGCUGGAUACAGCCCAGGUUGUACCAUUGAAUUCCCACCCUCAAUUUGUUCAAUUACAUAAUCAAGGGCAGUUUUUAUAAUUUAACACGUUUUGGUUUUAGUAACGUUCCUCUACGUAUCUCGUGUUUUAUUCAUGAGAUUAGGUAGUUUUAUCAUCCCAUGCAGUUUAUAUGUAAAGUUUUAUUUAUUUAAUUUAUUUAUGUGUAAUGACAAUGGAUUUAUGUACCGAGUUUCCAUGGCAAUCACAUACGGACUUCUCCACUCUUCUUCAUACGUACUUACAAAGAAAACUCGGUGUAAUUGUUUUACAGGCAACUCAUUUUGUUUCAAUUUUCAUCUUCCAACAGUAAAUAUUCAGCAUAGUAUAAGUAUUCUAAGUAUGCAUGUGCAAUUGUAGUAUUCUCAAAAAUUAAAAUAAAAAGUGUAUAUAUUAUAUUUAUAGAGACUGAUAUUAUGUUUACAGUAUUCCUAAUAAUUAAUGUGGUGUUAUACAAUGCUUUAUGUAAUUGUAAUCAAUUUUAUGACUGAAGAGAUUUGAAUGGUUUACAAAUAAAUGUUAUUUUAAUUA